AUGGUCAACGUCCAACUAUACUGCCCUUCCACGAAGAAGACCGUCGAGGAGUUCUUUGUCUCCCCAUUCACGACCCUCGAGCAAUUCCUCCCAAGUGUACGACUUGCCCUCAACCUCAAGUACGCAGCGAUCUACACCACCGAGGCCAAACCGAUCACGGAACCAAGCACUCUUCAAGAAGACCAGCGGGUACUAGUAGCGGCCAGCGCCACGGAGGUUAUGCUACCCCAUUCGCCAUCCGAGUGGGUGUUGUACGAUGGCGAGGAGGGCGACGAUGUCGACCCAAACGUCGAGUGUUAUGGCCUUGGGUGGGUUGAAUUAUGUGAUCUCGACAAGUGCCUACACAUAACCAGCCUGAACAAGCAGAAGCCGACAACUCGCAACAGGAUGCGCAUCACGCGCGAGUACAAGCUUGUUGAGGCCGACAUCGACGCCUUGGACUCUACAACCUCGACUACUUCCAGUGUUGCCGAAGACGAGGACCACAUCGAGAAGUGUUGGGGCGUCGCUGUCGAGCAAUUCUUGCCUACGUCGAUGAAGCCCGCCGCCGCAAAGUCCAGCUCGAAGUCAUGCGAUCCUUCCACACUGGCUGUCCUUAGUAUCCUGGCAGGCUUCACUCAAGGUCAAUCUCGUCUCGUCCUCGAAGUUCUCGAAGAGGCUGUCGCCCUUCGGACGGAAGAGGAUCAGGGUAACGACAAAGAUCCCAUUUUGCGAAAAGACGAUGUGCUUAGCGCGAUUAAUAUCAUUUACGAGCGCGCUGAAGCCCUUCCAGCCAAGCUCAUCAAAGGCAAGGGCGCGAAAGGAAAGGGAAAGGGGAAGAGGAGGCCUUCGAAGGGCACUCCGAAGAAGCUUGGCGCUAUGUCGAGUUGA